AGAAUCACGUACUAUUUGAAAGGCUAAAACGUCUUCUAUCGGAAGUGUGUCAUCUUUGUAUUAAUUUUUCAAUUGAAGUAAGUGGUGUGCAACGUUUUCGAAGAAAGGGCGUUGAAUAUAUUCCUGGAUCCAGGGAUUCUGAACAAUUUCUUCGCAAAACGUUAAAGCUCUAAAGGACAACCGACACGACGAAAACAUGAAAUAUAAGCUUUUACUCUUAAAGAAAAAAAAAAUGAACAAACAAAAAAAAAAUAAUAAUACUAAGAUGUUUAUAUGAAAGGAUGUGCGUACUGUUCCAACUUCUAACCAAAUACAGGACUAUUUUUUCAUUCUAACAAUAGAAUGGAUCAUAAAUGUGACAAUGAUAAUAAUGAUGGCAAAGAAGAAAACAAGAUGUUUUGGUUUAAAUGGUGAAGUUGAGUACAUAUAUCGAGUAUUUGAUUGUGCUUGCGUGAUAGCAGCCUCACCGCAUUUCGUAUUGUGUGUAUUGAAACAGCAGAAGGAUACUUUUGUCUGUAGAAGUUUUGUGUCUGUGUGUUUGGGUCUGCUUUUGUGUAGGUUUUCGUUCGGGAGACUAAAGUAAAAUUUGCCUGGUCGCACCCUGAAAUUUCUUCGUGAUGUAAGUUCUGGGGCAGUCGGUCUCUGCAAAGUCGCUUAUUUUAAACAAAAAAUCUAAAAUGUGUCCUUCUGUAAUGUGAAAAAAUUAUUAAAUUCAGUGAGAAAAGAAUCCUUUAAUUAUUUGAAAAUAUAUUUAAAUGGAAAAAUUAAUAAAUUAUAACUAAUAUUUUAUAUAUAUAAAUCGUGUUAAGCUUCAGCACAAAACUGAAAAAAAAGUUAAUUAAUUGUAAAAAUUCAAAAAAUGAUGAUCGAUCUAAUGUGUGAUGCAAUUAAAGCAGGUGCAAAAGACAAAUGUAACUAAAUCAAAAAAUAAACCUUAAAUUAAACCAAAUUCAAUAUUCCAAAUUCAAAAAAUUUAAAAACAAAAUAGAGUGAUAUUAUGAUAAAAAAUGGAUUACAAAAACAAGACGAAGAUGGGGAAUUUUAAAAAUUCCAGGUACUACCUAUCCAACACAAAUACUAAAAUAAACUUAGAAACCUGCAGGCGGUGAGAUGAACUUGUGGGCAAACGUAAUUGGAUGACAAAGUGUUGUUGUACUGUAUAAGGGAUACAGUGAUACGUAGUUGGAGACAGAGUAACCAAAGAAGACGACGACGUACAAGCCAUACCAAAUCGAGAAGUGGAAACAGUUCAUCAGCACAAAAGGGCUUUUGAGGCAGAUCCCUUUUCCAGCCAAUUCUAUUCCAAACUUUAUUCAACUCGCUUUCAAACACAGAACACGCAAUAGGGAUACAAAUAAUAAUAAUAAAAUGAGUCAAUCGAUAAUAGAAAACUUUAGCAUAGCGCUGCCAAGAGCUCGACUAAUUACUCUAUGGGUAGCAUUUAACCUAGCUUUCAUACUGCAGGAACCUUCAAAAAAAUUGGCUUCAGUCGAUGCAGCAACUGGUGGGGGCAGUAUGUUGGGCGAUGUCAACAUAUCUGAGAUAUUGGAUUCGUUCAGUGUAAGCUACGACAAAAGAGUAAGACCAAACUAUGGAGGACCUCCGGUUGAAGUUGGAGUCACCAUGUAUGUGCUAUCGAUCAGCUCGCUGUCUGAAGUGAAAAUGGACUUCACAUUGGACUUUUACUUCCGCCAAUUUUGGACUGAUCCCCGAUUAGCGUAUAAAAAACGACCUGGGGUUGAAACAUUAUCAGUUGGAUCAGAAUUCAUCAAAAAUAUAUGGGUACCUGACACCUUUUUUGUAAAUGAAAAGCAGUCAUACUUUCACAUAGCAACAACCAGUAACGAAUUCAUUCGCGUACACCAUUCAGGAUCAAUUACAAGAAGUAUAAGAUUAACUAUUACUGCAUCAUGUCCAAUGAAUCUACAAUAUUUUCCUAUGGAUAGGCAGCUAUGUCACAUAGAAAUUGAGAGCUUUGGAUAUACCAUGCGAGACAUACGUUAUAAAUGGAAUGAAGGCCCUAACUCCGUCGGUGUCUCAAGUGAGGUAUCUCUUCCCCAAUUUAAGGUCUUGGGUCAUCGGCAGAGAGCUAUGGAGAUCAGUCUUACCACAGGAAACUAUUCGCGAUUGGCUUGUGAGAUUCAGUUUGUAAGAUCAAUGGGGUAUUACCUCAUUCAAAUUUAUAUACCAUCCGGAUUGAUCGUUAUUAUAUCGUGGGUAUCCUUUUGGCUCAAUCGAAAUGCAACACCUGCCCGUGUAGCGUUGGGUGUCACAACCGUGCUAACCAUGACAACGUUGAUGUCUUCAACCAAUGCGGCAUUACCGAAAAUUUCAUACGUAAAAUCUAUUGAUGUUUAUCUGGGAACAUGCUUCGUUAUGGUUUUUGCUAGUCUUCUGGAAUACGCUACCGUCGGUUACAUGGCAAAACGAAUUCAAAUGCGAAAACAAAGAUUUAUGGCGAUCCAAAAAAUAGCUGAGCAAAAAAAGCUACAAGUUGAAGGGGGACAACCAGCGCCCAAUCCAAAUCCAAGUGGGGAUCAUGGACAUGGGCAUGGCCAUGGUCACAGCCAUGGGCAUCCUCAUGCACCAAAACAAACAGUGAGUAACCGCCCAAUUGGCUUUUCCAAUAUCCAACAAAACGUUGGUACGCGCGGUUGCUCGAUAGUGGGACCCUUGUUCCAGGAGGUGAGAUUCAAGGUUCACGAUCCUAAGGCUCAUUCCAAAGGAGGAACUCUAGAGAAUACUGUCAACGGUGGACGUGGUGGUGCUAGUGCUGGUGGUGGAGGCGGUGGCGGUGGUGGUGGCGGAGGUACUGAAGGUGGGGGUGGAGGUGGAGAUGCCGAAGCUGGCAGUGCAGUCCCCUCUCACUUACUUCAUCCUGGAAAGGACAUCAAUAAACUCCUAGGAAUAACUCCCUCGGACAUAGACAAAUAUUCAAGAAUAGUCUUUCCUGUGUGUUUUGUUUGUUUUAACUUAAUGUACUGGAUAAUAUACUUGCACGUGAGUGAUGUCGUCGCUGAUGACUUAGUAUUACUGGGAGAAGAAUAAUAAAUUAAUUCGUUCGUUAAAACAAAAAAACACAAAGUUAUAAAGGAAAAUAUCGAUUUCGAAAAAAAAAAACAAAAAACACAAAUAUAUCCAUAAUAUUAAAGAAAAUACUGAAACACUACCAUCACAAUAAUACCCGCAAAUCAACACAAUAAACAACAAAAUAAUUUAGAAUAAUAUGUUCCCGAUGCUGAGCGCAUAAUUAUUCACCAGCCCAAAAUAAAAAAGAAAAAAAAUUGAACAAAAAAAAAAAAAAAACUAAAACAAUUGUUAUCACCAACUUCAACUCGAAAGAAACUAGGUUUAAAAUUAUAACUUAGUUUUAUAAAUAAAUGAUAUAAUUUAGUCUUAAAUAUUAUUGUACAAAAAUAAUUUUACAUACAUGUUUAUUAUAUAAAUCGUAUGGACAAUUUGCGAGUGAUAUAACCACUAAAACACGCUUCCUAAAUUAAAUAAAAAGGUAAAUGUUAAAAGCAAGAUCGUUACAGAACCCUUAAAUGAAAUUGUUCAGUCAUUAAAAAUAUUACAAACCAAACAAGAUAGUGAAUUCUCGCUAUGAAAUUAAAUUUUUAAAUAAAAAAAAAAAAUGCACAAUUAUAGUGCCCGCACCAACGAACAAAAUUCUAAAUUGGUUUACCAAUACUAUUUAUGAAGAAAAAGCAAGUGUUUAACAUUGUUUUAGACAGCGCAAAAUCGAUUCUCUAUUUUUAUUAGUAAAAAGAAAUAGUUUAAUAAAAAUUCGCGCUUCCAAUACUAUUUGCCAAAUUUAUUUACCUCUGAGAAGUCUCGAUCAAAAAAAAAAAAAAAAAACAAACAAACAAAAACAUGAAAUAAAUAAAAUACUGCAUUGCACAAUUUUGUUAAUAACAAAAAUGUAUCUUAGCACCUCAACUCUUUUUUUAAUUCUUAUUUUAUUUGCGUUGAAGUAAAUUUUAUAGCCCAAUUUCACAGCACUGUAAAAGUGGGCCAUAAAAUGAUAUUUGUCAGCCGUUAACGAUAAGAUACCAAACUAUCCGGAAAAUGUUUAUAAAAGCUGCCGAUUUUGUUUUUCUUUUUUUGAUCUGUUUAAGUAUGCAUUGCCAUCAAUAAAUUUACAUAUGACUAAGGUUUUAAACAUUACAUUCUCUUGUAAAGUAUAUUUGACUAGUACCUAUAUAUUUCAUUUUAUAAUAGGUAUAUGUAAAUACUCUGUGGUUCAGUUGCAUAGACACUACCUUUGUUGAUUUUCUUAGAAUGUGCUAAACAACUCUAUUCUUCAAAGAGUCUUGCAAAAAUUUGAAAUUAAUUUAUUUCUUUAGAACCUGAGCAUGGAACUAUGUAUAUUUUCUGCUCCAGUCCGACUGAGCCGAAGAGUGUUAUAAAAAAUCAGUAUGGAAUAUUUUUUGUGAUAAUUUAUGAGAUCAUGACGCCAAAAGCUUUAUUUCUUUACAGUUUGUGCAUUGAGUUUAAUUUUCUACUUUCAGUCCAAGAAGUACGAAAAAAUAGGCCUUCGGUUAAGGUAAAAACUACCUUCCAGUAACAUUGUUGGUAAAAUAAGUUCAUUUAACCGAAAAUGAUUACAUUGGGGAAGUAUUCUCUUCUUUUUCGUUCUAAAUUUACUAUUUCCAUGAUUGUUUUUUGCUGAUUUUUAAAAGAACACGUACAUUGUUUAUCUUGUGUGUGUGUGCAUAUACUCCCACCAAUCGUAAGGAAGAUAUAUCCGAAUUUUCAAUGUGUACACUGGGGCGUAUACGUACUUUUUUUCUUUUUACUGACAAUAACAACUUAUUGUUCCCUCUUUGAAAGCUGAAAAUUAAUGGAGGUAAUUCGAGAUUAAUAAACUAAUUUUCUUAAGAUUGUGAACCCUUUAAUCCUUAGACUAACCUUUCAAAUUAAAUUUCCUCUAAAUAUUUAUUCAAAGUUUUUUGCUUUGAAAUUCAAUUAACCAAUUCCUUAUAAAAUAAAAUCAUAUUUUACGAUUCCUUCUAACUAAUAUUUUUUGUUCGAUAUCAUGACAGUAGAAUAAAAACUCUUAGAAAUCAGUUUCAUCCAAGCGGUAUAUUUUUUCCAAUCGAAAAGACAAAUUUCUUCAAGGUUCCAUGUCAGGUUAGCACUCGAUUUCACAACGUUUAAUAUUAAACCUUCGUUCGAUAUUAGGUACUCGUCACACGACAACAAACUUUUGUGUCAUUGAUCCAUCUUACAAAUGAUUAUGUGAAAAAGAAUUAGAAGAGCGUCUAAUCAAGUGAACCGCACUGUACCUAAUUAGUUAAAAAAAAUUUUUUUUCAUUUGCACUGAAAACACACUUUUUAUAUUAACCUAGGUGUAGGUAUAAUUUUGUAUUUAAAAAUUAUUUUAUAAAAUCGGUGACAUGCUUUUACGUACACGAAUAAAGUCUUAUUGUUAGAGUAUUACCGCUAGAAAAAAUCAAACAAAAAAUGUUUUUAAUUCCUUUGGUAAUGCCGAAUUUUUUUAACUUAUAAAAACGCAUUUUAUUAUAUAUCUUUUUGUACCUAUUCAAUGUUCAAUUCCAAAAACAUAAAUAUAGUAUAUUUACUUAGGAAGCAUCGGGAAAUAAAUUACAGAAAAUAACUCAACACGCAAAUUAGAUAGCAUUUAAAUGAUUUACAAGUUAAAAUAAUAUAAAAAAAAAACAUAAAAAACAAAAAUAAUUUAGAAUCAAAAAAAAAAUAAAAAAUAUAAAAAAAAUAACAGUCAAAAUAUAAUACUUUCAGUAUUCUCUACAACAAAAAUCUUUUUGUAUUUUUUUAACCACACCUUUAACAAAAAAAAAAAAAAACAACCCCAAAAGAAAGAAACACUAUUUAAAUACUGGAGUAAAACACACAAUUUUGGAACUUUUAUUUUUUCACACACCACAUUAAACUACAAAAGUGCAAUUGCAAACUAUUUAAAUCGUUGCAGAAAAAUUGAUUUCAAAAAGGAGUUCAGCUGCGCGCAUCAUUUAACUCACAUCAUUUUAGAAAGUGUUUGUAGAUAUAGGAACAGUUUUUAUUUAAUUAUACAUCUUGCACCUUUUCUCUUAAUCUCAUUUAAUAUAUACACGUAACGUAUAGAUAUACAUAAAUUAAAGUAAUAAAGAUAAUAUUAAAUAUGCAUACAUAAAUAUAUAUUUAUAUAAAAGUGUGUAUAUAGGUACUUAUAGAUUGUACAAAUAGAUAUACUGAAAAAUUCUUACUAAAAUGUUAUAUAUUAAUAAUUUUGCAAAUAAAAACAAAAAUAGGGAAAAUAUUAUAGUAUAAUAUAAUAAAAAAAAAAUUAACAGUUGAAAUUCAAGAGGGAAAGAGGUAUUCAAAACGUAAUAAAUAUUUACAUAUUUAUUAUUGAGAUUAAAAAAUUUAAAAAAAAAAAGAUUAUAUGAUCAUGUAAACGGUUAUAUGUAAGCAUAUAAAAUGCAAAGUUGAUUAAUCUUUCGCGCACUCAAUUUAACAAAAAAAUAAAAAAAAAAAAAAAAACAAAACAAAACAAA